UUCUAUAUUGAUGAUACCAGAAGAUUGAAUAGAAUUUUUUGGAUGAGCCCCACUCAAUUAAAAAACUGGUACAAAUACAAUGAUGUAAUAAUAAUUGACAGUACAUACAAGACAAAUAAAUUUAAUAUGAUUUUAUGUUUUGUCCUUGGUGUAAACAACGAAGGACAAUCAAUAAUUUUAUGUCAAUCUUUAUUUGAUAACAAAAGUUUAGAAACAUUUAACUGGUUUUUUAAAUGCUUAAAAUCAGCAGUCUCUGAUUCGCCAAAGGUGAUUAUGAGUGAUCAUGACUUAGCAUUAGAAUCAGCUAUAGAACAACAAUUUCCACAAACAAAACAUUUUUUGUAUUCCAUCUCAAUCAGUUCAUUUGAAAUAUUGUGGAAACAAUUGAUUGAAAAAUAUUUUAAUGAUGAUGUCAACAAUUACUUAAAUCAAAAUUUAUACAACAUAAAAAAUAAAUGGGGAUGGUGUUGGAAAAAGCAAAUAAUGACAGCUGGUAUUAAAACAACUUCAUGUUUAGAAGGGUAUCAUUCAACAAUAAAAAGACAAUUAAAUUCCAACUCAAGCCUCAUUGAGGUAUUUGAAAAAAUAGAAAGUGAUAUUCAAAAAACUGAAAAAAGUGAAAUCAAUAGCUGGUACAUGAGCAAAAAUGUCAAUUGCGGAUUUGACAAUACUAUAAUUGAUAUCUUUGAAGAUAUAAUUGCAAAUAUGAAAAAAUAUUU